GAUUAAAGUUUAUUUCAUCUGAUUAGAGUCUGGAGAAUCAACCAGCGCCCGAGUCACCAACAGAACCAGAGCAAAAUCCACAUGCAGUCUUGGAGAAAGAACAAGAUUUAGUCUUGGAGGGGAGAAACAAAAGUGUGGACUUGCAGAAUAAAACAGAUUUAGGCUUGAAGAAUCAAACUGGUGACCUUUUGGGGGAAAACACAGAGCCAGACUUGAAGCCAAAGCCAAAUUCAGACUCGGCUCACCAGCCAAUGAAGAAAACUGAAGAAAAUGCAGACUCACGGACCAAAACUGAUUCAAAUCCCAAACCCCCAAAAGUACUUGAUGAGGAUUUCUUGGGUCCGGCCCAGUGUCUGAAUCAGAAAUACACAUGGCUGUCUUGCUCUAAAGUGUUUUGUCCUCCAUGGAGGCGAUGCAUCGGAGGACAGUGUGUCUGUAAGAUGCCGUACAAAUGUCCACGGCUGAAAAACACCUGUACUCUGGACGGAUCCGUGUAUUACUCCAUGUGUCAGGCCAACGCCAUCUCCUGCAGAACCAAGACGCCCACUUUCUCACACUUCAGCUCAUCCUGCAAAGCGGGAGACAAGGUGCAUGUGAGCGUCUCUAAGUCUCGUAACGUGGUCGAGAUAAAAACUCAUUUGGGGAAAAUGCUGGUAUGUGGCAAGGACUGGAAUAUGGCUGCAGCAAAUGUGGUUUGUCGAAACCCUCUGAAUGUCGACAGAGGAGCAGAGAAUGCGUCUAAAAUCAAAUAUAUAUCUCUUGGUAAAGCUACUCAAUGGCCAAAUGAGUGUAUGAGGAUUCGCUGCAUGGGAUCUGAGCUCUCAUUGGCCGAGUGUACGAUCCAUAAUCCAGAGCCAAUCACAGCAAACACUGAGGUGGCCGUCGCAAAGUGUUAUAAGGAGCCUACAGGCGAAUGUAAGAAGUUCAUCUGUAUGAACGGGAAGUGUUUAGGCCAUGAAAAAACCUGCAAUGGUGUUGAUGACUGUGGAGACAACAGUGACGAGAUGUGCUGCCAAAAAUGUCGAGGCCAGGCGUUCCUCUGUAAGUCGGGUGUCUGUAUACCCCAACACGCCUUCAAAGACGGAAUCAGGGACUGUCUGGGAGGAGAAGAUGAACUCAAUGAAAACAAUGGAACAAAAACUAAAAAAAUGGAAGACGUUUUUUCCGAUCCGAUGUCAGAGAUCAGAGAAAUCCGCUCGUCUGCAGAGAGCCAGCUGCAGUGCGGCGUUCCCAAUACGGAGUAUGUGUACAAACAGGAGGACGAUGCGACUUCCCGUACACGCAGGAAACGCUUAGUAGGAGGGGAAGAGGCCUUACCGACUCAGAUACAGUGGCAGGUGGCCAUUCAGGAUGAAGGUACGAUCCACUGCGGAGGGGCGUAUUUGGGCGGCUGCUGGGUUUUGACCGCCGCCCACUGCGUCAGGCCCAAACCGAAGUCCUUCCGAAUCAAGUUCUCUCUCUGGAUGAAGCAUCGUAAGCAGUCGACGACAGACAGCAUCCCGGUGAAGAACAUCAUCAUCCAUCAUGAAUAUAACCCUCAAACCUAUGCGAACGACAUCGCUUUGGUGCAGCUAGAGGAGCUGAAUCUUUCAGACAAGUGCAUGCAGGACAAUCCCGCGGUCCGAGCCGUCUGCGUGCCCUGGUCCACCCAACAGUUCCAGCCCAACGACACCUGCACCAUCUCCGGCUGGGGCCGCGAUAGAGAGGGGAUAUCAGCAGCGAUUCUAAAAUGGGCAAAUGUGACGAUUAUCAGCGACUGCCAGAAUUUUUACAAGGACCGUUUCCUUCCUGGAAUGGAGUGCGCAGGUGACCUGGAGGGGAAGGUGGACUCGUGUCAGGGCGACUCCGGAGGGCCACUGGUGUGUACAGACGCGUCUGGUUUGUCGUACGUGUGGGGAAUAGUGAGCUGGGGUGAUAAAUGCGGCGAACCCAAUCAUCCUGGCGUCUACACUAAAGUGGCGCAUUAUUUCGACUGGAUCCGCUUCCACACAGGCUGGCCGGCCGUUACCAAAUUUAACCAGUAAAACGAAGGAACAGGCCAGUUCACAUUUUCUGAUUGAUGUUACUUUAUGUGCUAUUUGUAUGUUGCUAUUAAAAUUCUGAUUAUCAAGCAAUUUAAAA